AUGUUAGUUGUGCUAGCUGGAUCUGCCCGAGGUGCUGGGAAGUGGUAUGGGGCCCACAUGGUGGCGACAAUGCUGACAGCAAUAUUUCAAGGGUCUGUUUCAGUGCUUAUUUACACAAGGCCUGAAGAUUUUCUUGGAAAUCUGAAAUCCUAUGUGAGGGAAGAAGAUGGGGUGACAAUAUUGAAAUUGGCUGGUGGGUUGUGUGUAUUGAUUUUCUGCCUAGAAUGGGUUGUUCUUACACUUGCAUUCUUCUUGAAUUACUAUGCUUAUGUACAAAAAGAUGGGGUAAAUUCUCAUGCAAUGAAGAAUUCUAAGGUUCAAGAUGAGGACGACUUGAAGAAUUGGCCAUGGCCUUUCCAAGUUUGA